AUGGCGUCGCCUACGACACUGCAUGCACAGCUUCUUCACGCUCGUGACGAGAUACAACAAGCCCGUGAUAAACUUUCGCAAAUGUCUGCGCGUGGUUUCCAUGACGCAUUCAUGGAACCACUACGUUGUCCUUACGAGGCAGCGGCGCGCACCUACAACAAUUGCAACCACGUAAAAACGACCAUAUGGCCGCGCUUAGAUCUGCUUGAAUUCCUGAGCAUCUACUUUCCUCAAUAUGCACAGCAGCCUACAGCAUUUUCAGUAUUAUGUGCAUCACUCACCCGAACAUCUUCGGAUAGUGAAAGCGCAGAGAACGAGGAUGCAAACGAAUUUGUACCAGUUACUUUUGACACUUUAAAGAGUGUAUUAGUUCGGCAAUUUGUCAGUACACGACUUGUAGCAAAGGAUCCUUUUCCGCUCGAGCCGAGAGUUGAACUCAAGCCAGAGUGUCAUCCCAACACUGUUCCCUAUAGACCAAAAUCGACAAAUGUGAAAGAAAAUUUACCAAAUGAAGCCACGUUUACACCAAUGUUUCACGAAUUUCAGUGGAAGGUGAUGAAGAGAUCCAAGAGCUGGUUAGGACGUUGGCGAGCACGUCACCUGGUGCUUCGUUGGGGAAUAUUAGAGAUACACAAACGUAGUCCGACGGUCAGAUCCUUUCGUCAACACUCGUCCAAUGUCUCAUUUAACACGUCCUUCAGUACUAUUGUAAGGAAUAGCUCUAUCCCUCUCAUAUCUUCUGGAGAUAUCGCCCCCAAAAUGAAGUGUUACGAUCUCGAAAACUUGGUAUCGAUAAAAUUGGAGCAUGUCAGUGAUGAUGAUGCGACGCCAACUCGAAAAGCUGCUCUGACCUUGACAUUUCAAAAGCCAGUGUAUUCGAAUUCAAGUAAUCUCAGUAGCACGGUUACGCAAGACAUCAAGACGCUGGUCAUUGGUAAUGGCGAGACAUCCGAGAUGCUCGUAUCAAUUCGUGACCAUAUCGCUACUUUUGCAUUGUAUUUGGAAUUAUCACGGCGUGAUCGCCUACCAAAACUCAAAAAGAUUCGUCAAUUGAUUGCAGCAAAUGCCAUGGCGAACUUGCGAUUGCGGAUUUCUCGCCUUCUUUCACCGGACGACUCUAGACAACAAGAAAUUCAAGAAAAACAAUCGCCAAGUGGAUCAGUAACUGCAUUGCAAUUGGCAUUUCUGCAAGAUCCCCGUGUGCCAAGCUUUGAAAGCACAAUUGCCGUAUUGCUUAAUUCUGAUGCUGAUCCUCGUGCUCUACUACAUUGGGAUUAUGCUACACAAGUAGUUUUUUCCCGCUCCUUUAGUGGCAGCAGCGAGCAAAAGGUGGAUCAACAGCAAAGACAAAGAUUACGCAAACGACUUCUUUUACUUGAUAAGGUCGACAGUGAGGGAGAAGAGAGCGCAAAUUUUCACUGUUACCAAGUACAGGCAGACGAUGCAAAUCGAUGGAAUCUGCUCAUGUAUUUGAGCUGGAUGGGUGACGUUGAGGGCGUACAUCAACUCUUGAGUAUAGCCGGGCUUCAACGGACGUCAACAAAUACGAGCAGGACAUCGAAUUACCAAGGUGCUACAUGUUUAGAUCAUGUUAAUGCGACAGGUGAUACUGCACUUCAUAUUGCCAUUAAGUCGAGCAACGAGGAGGUAGCACUUGCACUAAUCGAAGCAAUUCUCUUUAUCAACGCACAGGUUGUGCAUCAGUGUGACGGUUGUGGAGAACCAGUUGUGCAUUUAGCUCUGAAGCAACAGCAAUGGCGCGUUGUUGAUGCACUAGUCGCAGGUCAUGCAGUAGACCCGCGAUCGUAUGAUGCGCUAGGUAUGUCAGCAUUGCAUCUCGCAAUUCUAUUGCGCGCACCUGUUGCUUUGAUCGCUCGAUUGAUUCAAUUAUAUCGCCACAUUUCGCCAACUGAAGGUCUCGAUAGACAAGUUAGUCGACGCGAAAGUAAUGAUACGCCAUUAUCUUUGGCUCUAAAAAAUGGACAGCAACAAGUUGUUGCUCUAUUGCUCGAUUUUGGGGCCUCUCCAGUGACUUUGAUAUGUCAGUGGAGUGAAGCAUCUAUUGAAAGUAAACGAGAUGCUCGAAGAAAAGGAUACAGGGAAGAAAAGGUGGUUUUUGGAAAUGACGACAAAGCACUCCAUAUUGCAAUUAAAUCAGGACAAGAGGUGGCAGCUGCAGCUUUAAUCGCUCAUAAAGCCGACAUAAAUACUUUGGAUUCUAGAGGCGCAUCAUCACUGGCUUUGGCUAUUCGCCACGGUUUAUAUGCGUUGGCUGCUGUCCUUAUCGAGCAGCAUCAGAAGGAAGAGAAGAAAGAGAAAGUUUACACAAUAAACAGAAAUUGGUGGAUAGACCAAGACACUAAAACGCCUGUGGUUGGUUUGGCUUGUCAAGCUGGACAAAUCGAGCUAGCGGCUUUUUUGCUCGAUCGUAUGAGUCAGGACCAGACCUGUCAGAGUCAAUCAUAUCCUGUGCAGCUUCUUCCACUUCUAGUACAAAUGAGUUCAAAGAUAGGAAGGCGAGAUGAAGGUAAGACAACGAGUAUGGGCGACAAUACAAGUGUUUCGAGGCGUUUAUCGGGUGGAAUUUUGGAUUUUGAAAUGAAAAGGUCUAAUUGCCUGAAGAAAACGCGGGCAUCCAGCUUUGAUUCAGUAUGGGCAAAUGAUGAUUCUCGUCACCGUCAAAACACAUUUUCAGUAUCUACGUCGUAUUUGUAUGAUAACAACUCCAAAACAACUACUUUUCUUUUUCAAGGGAUUGAGGCCGUUGUGGUUCGAAUCUUACAAUUCAGUGAAACAAUCUCAAUUCUUCAAGUUCUCGGAGGCAACGAAUCAGUGAAAGCCACAGAUUCUUCACAGUUUAAAAUCCCAUCAGUCGUCCAAUCAAUCAAAACUCUCCCAUCAAUUUCCCCGAUACACUGUGAUGAACUUAUAACAACUUCGCCAUUGCAUGUUGCUGCGUCUGGUGGCGUGUCCACGUACAACUUACUUCGAAUUCUCCUCGCUUUUUUAUCAAUUUCGGAUCCAUACGCUGCUGCGCAAGUGCUAAUGCACUCGAUUGGUACGCGUGCAGAGACGCCACUUCAUGCUGCACUUGCAGAGGGAGCAGCCUCUAACGCUUUGCUGUUGCUGUAUUUAUCACGUGAGCUUCAAGCACGUAAUGCUGAAAUCCAGUUACUUUGUGCCAAGCUUUUGACCAUGACAACGAGGACUGGAAACACAGCACUUCACCUGGCGUGUAUGUGGCCUCACCAAACGUCUAUGCUUCUUGUCGUCGAGUUGCUUCUUCAAGAACAUGUUGAAUCUGCCAAUUGGAACCAUUCUGGCUUCGCUCCGCUUCAUGUUGCACUUCGUAAGCAGUGUGAUGAAACAUUGAUUGAACUCUUCGUGCAAUAUGGACAGGAUCUGAACUUAUGGACUGAAGGAAAGCCUUGCCGAGAUAAUCAAAACGGUAAUUUCAGAGAGUUUAUAUUGAAUCCUGCUACGACUUUGAUCAGUGCGUGCCCACAUAAUCCGUUAAUGUUGGCUGUCGAGUUUCAAUGUGCCUCUGCAUUUCGUGCACUAGUAAGUGGUGGGGCCCACACAAGGGCAUCCAUGCCACAUGCGCGUAUCGGUCUUUUACAGCUUGCAGUGCACCUUAGCGUGCGUGAUCCUCAACUUGUUGCGUGUCUUGUAGACAACCUUGACCUUAUACGUUCGGCUCAAUCGGAUGUAGUCGAUCAGUGGGGAGUAAGCCCACGUGAGGCGCGUUUAAAAUUGAUUCAAAUCUGGCGAGAAGAGCGCAGUAGCUUGAAUGACAAAAACACUGAACAUCACAUCUCUUUCGUUUCACCACUUGGUGAUAUUGGUAACUCAGAGUUGGCGUGUCGUAAAGUGUCGUCUGCACCCACUCAUCCCAAUGUGCCGUCACCCCUUUCGAUCACUACCAUCAGCCCGCGCAUAGAUGCAAUGCCUUUGGCGACACCUCAAAAUCUUCGAGCUACCCCACAGUCCCCAAAGUUAUCAGCCACAACUUUAAAAAUUUUACGUGAAGAAGAGCUAGCAACACUGACUUUAGUUGCGCGCGAAGCUCGAACGGAGGCUCUGGACUGGUUAGCAAAACGAAUUGGUCAGAAAAAAUUGUUAUCUGAUGCUCACGCUCAGCUUCAGAAUGUUAAUAAACACCGACGGACUGCCAGUGGAAGCAGCAGUGCGAGCAAUAGUAAAGAUGAAGUGGACGCAUUGUACAUGCACACGAGUGGUAUCUUAAUUCAAAGUGACCAGCAAUUGCUAGAAGAGCUUAAAGCUGGGGCAGCAAAAAUGUUUAUUGACAAGCACGUGGCCGAAGCAGUUUCUGAGGCGCGGUUGUCCAUUGAACGAGAAAAAACAUCCAUCUUCCAAGAAACUGGAUAUUAUCCUGGGUUGUUGUCACAUAAUAAAAAGCAUAAAAAUGAUGACGGGAAAUACCGCUCGCUGUUAGGCCAAGCCGUUUGUUCGACGACCGAAAUGAUAUUGCUAGCAUCUUCGUCAGCAUCAGCGACGUCUGUAUCCAGUGAGGAUAGCAACUCAAUGCACUUCAGCGACGAAAGCUAUGGAACAGAAUUUUGGUGGGCUGAGCGUGGUCCGGCCUAUUUGAGCGACGAAAGUAGUUUCAGUUGGUUGGCAAUCAGUAACCCAAGAGAUAUCACCAUGUUAGGCGACCCUGUUGCAUCUACCAGCCAAUUAUCCCGAACUCCAAAUGAAAGAGGAGUAUUUCUCGAUGAAGGUAUUGACGGUCGUUUAGCACUUGCUUCGAUAAGCUUGUAUGAUAGUGCUGAGGCUAGCAGAUACCACGACAAGAUUUAA